AUGAGCAUCCAGUUAGUCUCGCAAGAAGAAGGCGAAGAGGCAUGGCUGCUAGGCCAAGAGGAGGGCAGAGGCGCGCUAGAGCCGGAGAACUCGCAGACCUCGCUGGCCAGCCUUUCUCCUCGGUUAAAGUGUGUACUCCUUUGUAUACUGGCCCUUGGAUGUGCGAUGGUGUUUGCCAGAGCCCGGGCAGCAAGUGUUGAGCAGCCGAGUCGCUUCAGGCAAAGCAUUCUUGCAAAGUACGAGAAGGGCCUCGAAGCAAAGGACUCGGCCCAGCACGACCAUAGUGAUUUCAAUGUCGGGCCAGCGAGUCUGGUCUGGCAGUGCAUGUCCGCGUCAGUACCUACUGCGUGUCAAACAUCCUUCGCAAGUACCUUUCUUGCGAUGCUCGUCGCAGCUUCGAUCUGCCUCGUGCUUGGUGCCAUACAGUUCUUUUUGAGAAGACAAAGUGCCGAGCUCGCUAUGGUGAGAGACGACCUGAAGCGGAUCAUGCAGCAGCCUCUGAUAUUUGAUGCUCAUGAGCUGAAAUCCAGCGUCCCGGAUCUUGAAAGCAAAGGGAGGAUGAAGAAAGCCUGGGAUGUCUCAGCACGCAGGGAGAACCUCCAGGUCUUGGAUGAACUCGCAUUAAUUAUGAAUCGAUAUCCGAGCGUCCACUUUCAGCUAGUUGGUGGUUCCCUAGGGACUGGCGAGAUCAGUCAGCGAACUGAGUCAGCCUUCUACGAGGACUUCCACAGCCAUUUCCCAAGUGAAAGGAUGGAUUGGCUCCAACCUUAUGCCCAGGCUCGUGCCUUGAGCCUGAAGAGACACCUCGGGCAGCGUGGCAUCUCCUUCCAUCGCUUGCAUGUGAGUGUUCGAGUGCAGGAGUCCAACGCGCUUGUGGUAGAGGCGUUUCUGUAG